AUGGAAAUUGUCCAUUUCCAGAUUCCGAUAUUGUUGGUGCUGUUAUAUCAACCAGAGGGCAGGGCAGCUAUAUUCAUUACCAAGAGACUGGAUGCCAGUCAAUGGGACUACAAGGUUUCGGGAGACUGGUGCAAGGUAUGGUUUCUAAGUAUUGAAGGAGGGGUGGAGAAAGAGGUGAAAGAAGAGGUGAAAGAAGAGGUGAAAGAAGAGGUGAAGGAAGAGAGGCGUGAAGAAAGGGGUCUGGAAAUCCGGUCGAUAUACAAUCCUCCUACCAACAAGACCCUCCCGAGGAGUCUGCUCGAACAACCCAGACCAACCUACCCGGUAGUCCUUGCAGGGGACUUCAGCUUACACCACCACCCACUGUGGGAUUUAUACGACCGAUACAAACCCGAUUCGGAAGCUCUUCUACAACUGGAAACACACUGGGACCUGGAUCUAGUAGCCCCCCGAGAUACGAUAAACCGGGAACCCCAAGGUUGUUGUAAUGGUAUCAAGGUAGUAUAUUGCAACUAG